GGUUGAUCAGCAACAUGAAAGACUCUUAAGUAAGUACCUAGGUAGACAGAAGAGGCAGUAAGAAAUGGCACUGUCCAGGUACUUGGGGAUCAUCGCGCACGACUCGCCGGCGCUGCCAUUGGCCAGCGACAGACAGGCGCGCCCACUGUGGCCCCCCUGCCGGUGCCCACCCUCGCUCUGUUCGGCUCUGCACUAAAGAAGAGUCUGUCGUAGUCUGUCCAGAGUCUCUCCAGAGUCUGCCAGAGGCCUGCCGUAGCAAGUGCCCGUCCGCUGCUGCCCACCCACUGCCCACCCGCUGCCCGUCCAGAAAAUUCGGGGGGCUUUUGCGUCUGCUGUGCCUGCCUUUCCCUAAAAAACCACCUCUUAUGUCACUUCUUCCCUCAUGACCUCAUCGCACCAAUCUCUCUCAGCACCCUUUCCAUCCUGACCACCACCACCGUCGACGCCUAUCGUCCACCACUGCCACUACCACAAUUGCCGCCCGCCGCACCUCCCGCUGCCGAUACGUCUUCACGACGUCCUUUUGCCACUGACUGCCAGAUCCGACAUAUUCGAGAGAGAGCCUUGUGUGUUUGUUGUGUUAGUGAAUUGUGCUAAGACGUCCUCGCUGCUGGCCGGUGCGAGACCAGAGGUGGUUUGCCUUUUCUUCUGCAGACUGCCUCCCUAAACCGUGCGUCAGACCGUUGUUACAUCAUAUUUCCUUUGCAAUACAUACACCCAUAUAACGACCGUCGUCAUCGUCGUCACCAUGGCACCAGCCGAACCCAAGCCGUCGGAUAACACAUCAUCGCCAGAUACAAACGGCGACAAGAAGACAUCUGAGGUCAAGGCCGAAACGAACGCGAACAACGAACCUGGCAGACCAUUGGCACCACCACCCAAACCCGGGGAAGGAGGUGAUUAUUUCUCGAGCCAGUUGAGUCUCGAGCCGAACCCCUUUGAACAAUCGUUCGGCACAGGUGGUACCGUAGAGACGCCCGGCGGAACUAAGUUGCCCAGCCUGGCUGCCUUAACGUCACCCUCGUCGUUGUUGCCUGGGAACGGGAACACGCCAUUCAACUGGGGAGGUGGUUCGCUUAGAACGGGACCGUUGAGCCCAGCAAUGCUUUCCGGCCCGGCCACCGAUUAUUUCGGUGAUACAUCGCACACGCUGCGCAGUGGAUUCACACCCAAUGAGAGCUCACUCCGGACGGGAUUGACACCUGGCGGUAGUGGCUCUAUGUUCCCAGCGCCGAGUCCUAACUCGCAGGCUCUCUACGCGCAGUUAGCAAACGGCGGCGGUGCGACGCCUAGUACGUUGGAUUUCCACCGGACCGCUCUGAGUGCUGCUGCUGCUAAGGCGGGUCAAAGCAAACCUCCCAACCCGCCCGCUGUCACAUCUCAACCGCAAGAAACCAACGGGGCACCCGCCAAGGCCGAGGCGAAACCUACAUCAGGUGCAUUUGAUCCUCACGACAACGAUGCUGCUAAUGGUCUGUUCAUGCUAGCCCAAGGCGCUCAGGGGAGGAACGGCCCGCCACAGACGCAAUAUCCAGUAGGUGGCAACCAGCCAGUGCACGCGCAUCCUCCACCAGCACCUACAAAUCAGCAGAGUACUUCACCCCAGAUGAACGGCAAUGGCGUGCACCCACAGCAGCCGAGUAAUCGCGGUGCUAGUGAAGCUAUCAGCAAUGCGUCAGAGGAGAGCGAGCCAGCUAAACCUAACACGAGAGCGAAGGGUAAGCGUGGAGGAGCUGCUACCAAUGGCCGUCGAAAGGCAGAAGAUGCACCCGCGAAAGCACCAGCCAACAAAAAGGUCAAGACAGCCCCGUCGACUCACAGCCAGGAGGAUGAAGCUACAUCAGAUGAAGAAGAAGAUGAUUCCAAAAUUGGCAACGAUGGCCAAGGUAAAUCCAAAAUGACAGACGAAGAGAAGCGUAAAAACUUCUUAGAGCGAAACAGAGUGGCGGCUUUGAAAUGUCGGCAACGUAAGAAGCAGUGGCUGGCCAACCUGCAAAACAAAGUAGAAAUGUUUAGCACCGAGAACGAUGCUCUCACAGCUCAAAUAUCGGCACUUAGGGAAGAAGUGGUCAAUCUAAAGACGCUGCUCCUUGCACACAAGGACUGCCCAGUUACACAGCAACAGGGUCUACACGCAGGCGCCUACAUGCAGCAAGCUAUGGAGUCUUACAACCCCCAAAUCAACCCAUAUGGCAUGGCAGCUCCUAUCCCUAACCAACCCGUCAUGGCAGGACAGGGAGUUCAGCGGCGCUUCUCAUAGGAUGAACGCACCGCGCCAGGCAAUGCUGCAGACGCUGCAGACGCUGCAGAUCAAUAACCCUUUCUAAAUCACGGUACACUUUGGGGGGAUGCAUGCAUAGGAAAAGGCCCUCACAACUUCCGGCGUGGAUUACGGGGGAAAGGGAGGGUUUCGCUUAUGGAAAUGUCGCGGGAUAGCGACUGAUAACGUUCAAAAAUCUUGUCGCGGCAUAAGGAAAUGUCGAUUGUGGCGAAGACAGCUACAGUUGGUCAUUGUUUGUCCUCAUGUCUGUACCAACAUUCCACUCAUGAGAACGACGAGGCGUUUCGGCUGCUGCACAUGGCACGUUUUAGCCAUUAAUACGAAGAGCAUCGGUAUACAAGGCCGCAGGCUGGUUGAGAAUGUUCUGUUUUUCUCGUUUUCUGACUGUACGUAAGUGACGGGCGGGUAUACACAUAAAAGCGGCGUUCGGGGAGUGAAUUCGGGGGGUUUGCCGUGCUUUCGUUGCUUUUUGCUCAUCUAGGCGUUUCGGAGGUCAUGGAAGAAUCUGUGCCAUGAGCGAUCUUAGUCUUCAUUGGCGAGACUGGCCACUCCAUCCAAGGGGCCAUUUAUAUAGGUAACAAAGCCGUGUACACGCUGGGCUGCCGAAUUAUCUUUACAUUUCUAAGCGCUUAGUAGUGUUUUACAAUACAAAACGUUUGAACAAA